CUACUGGGCUAAGGUGCCCAAGAGCACCCUCCAGCCCACUCCUGGGAGUGUCUCUCACUCGGGCUGUCCCUCAGGCCACUCGCCCCUCGGCCCGCGGGCCACCCUCAGCCCCCGAGGUCAGCCCGGGCCCGGCUCCCCAGCCUUCCAGUCCAGCUCCCGAACCGGAAGUCCGUGCGGGUGACUCGGCCCCAGAGGGCGCAUGCGCGAAGCCCGCCGCCGCGACUCUAACUCCCGCGGAGCCGGGGCAGGAGCGGGAGGGCGAGCGGUCCCGCCGGCGCCGGACUUCCGGGACGCGGCGCCCCGUCCGCCCUCGCUUCCCCGCCGCUGCCCCCGCGGCUAUUGAUUGUCCCGGAGAGUGGGUUCAGGAGGAGCCGUCGAUCCCGGGGGCGCGUGUAGAGAACGGAGCCUCGGGUUCCAUGGUUGCCUGGAAGGGCGCCGGAGGAAGGAGCGACGUAUAAAGGGGUUCGAGCUCCGCCACGGGCAUGAUCCACGAACUGCUCCUGGCGCUGAGCGGGUACCCGGGCUCCAUCUUCACCUGGAACAAGCGCAGCGGCCUGCAGGUGUCCCAGGACUUCCCAUUUCUCCAUCCCAGUGAAACCAGUGUCCUGAACCGACUCUGCCGGCUGGGCACAGAUUAUAUCCGCUUCACUGAGUUCAUUGAACAGUACACAAGCCAUGUGCAGCAGCAGGAUCACCAUCCAUCGCAGCAGGGCCAAGGUGGGUUACAUGGAAUCUAUCUCAGGGCCUUCUGCACAGGUCUGGACUCUGUUUUGCAGCCUUAUCGACAAGCACUGCUUGAUUUGGAACAAGAGUUCCUGGCUGACCCCCAUCUCUCCAUAUCACAUGUCAACUACUCCUUAGAUCAGUUCCAGCUCCUUUUUCCCUCUGUGAUGGUUGUAGUCGAACAAAUUAAAAGUCAAAAGAUUCAUGGCUGUCAGAUCCUGGAAACAGUAUACAAACACAGCUGUGGAGGGUUGCCUCCUGUUCGAAGUGCACUAGAAAAAAUCCUGGCCGUGUGUCAUGGGGUCAUGUAUAAGCAGCUCUCAGCCUGGAUGCUACAUGGACUCCUCUUGGACCAGCAUGAAGAGUUCUUUAUCAAACAAGGUCCGUCUUCUGGUAAUGUCACUGCCCAGCCAGAGGAGGAUGAGGAGGACCUGGGUAUUGGGGGACUGACAGGAAAACAACUGAAAGAACUCCAGGACUUGCGCCUGAUAGAGGAAGAGAACAUGCUGGCGCCAUCUCUAAAGCAGUUUUCCCUGCGAGUGGAGAUUCUGCCAUCCUACAUCCCAGUGAGGGUGGCUGAAAAAAUCCUGUUUGUUGGAGAAUCUGUCCAGAUGUUUGAGAAUCAAAAUGUCAACCUGACUAGAAAAGGAUCCAUUUUGAAAAACCAGGAGGACACCUUCGCCGCGGAGCUGCACCGCCUCAAGCAGCAGCCGCUCUUCAGCCUGGUGGACUUCGAGCAGGUGGUGGACCGUAUUCGGAGCACCGUGGCUGAGCAUCUCUGGAAGCUGAUGGUAGAAGAGUCAGAUUUACUGGGUCAGUUGAAGAUCAUUAAAGACUUUUACCUUCUUGGACGUGGAGAACUGUUCCAGGCCUUCAUCGACACAGCUCAACACAUGUUAAAAACACCACCCACCGCGGUCACGGAACAUGAUGUGAACGUGGCCUUCCAGCAGUCAGCACACAAGGUGCUGCUGGACGACGACAACCUUCUCCCUCUGCUGCACUUGACGAUCGAGUACCACGGGAAGGAGCACAAAGAUGCUGCUCAGGCCAGGGAAGGGCCCCCCCGGGAGGCCUCUCCCCGGGAGCCCCCUGCGUCGGGCUGGGCAGCCCUCGGUCUUAACUACAAAGUGCAGUGGCCCCUGCACAUUCUCUUCACGCCUGCCGUCCUGGAAAAGUACAACGUUGUCUUCAAGUACUUACUGAGCGUGCGCCGGGUGCAGGCGGAGCUGCAGCACUGCUGGGCCCUGCAGAUGCAGCGCAAGCACCUCAAAUCCAACCAGACGGACGCCGUCAAGUGGCGCCUGAGGAAUCACAUGGCGUUCCUGGUGGAUAACCUUCAGUACUACCUCCAGGUAGAUGUGCUGGAGUCUCAGUUCUCACAGCUACUUCAUCAAAUCAAUUCUACCCGAGACUUCGAAAGCAUCCGAUUGGCUCAUGACCACUUCCUGAGCAAUUUGCUGGCCCAGUCCUUCAUCUUGUUGAAACCUGUGUUCCACUGCCUGAAUGAAAUUCUAGAUCUCUGCCACAGCUUCUGCUCGCUGGUCAGUCAGAACCUGGGCCCGCUGGAUGAGCGUGGGGCCGCCCAGCUCCGCAUCCUGGUGAAGGGCUUUAGCCGCCAGUCUUCACUCCUGUUCAAGAUCCUCUCCAGUGUCCGCAAUCAUCAGAUCAACUCGGAUUUGGCUCAACUACUGUUACGACUAGAUUAUAACAAAUAUUACACCCAGGCUGGAGGAACUCUGGGCAGUUUCGGGAUGUGAACAUUUCUAUUUCACAAACUAAAAUAACAAAUCUAUCCCCAUUGCGUUCCGCCUUUAACAGAAGAAAACCAAUAUUCCAUUCUCUAGCCACUCACCAAACACCUGCAAACUAGUGAGAUGGCUCCACCUUUCACCCUAGAAGCGAUUACAGAACAUUCAUGGGUACAGAUCCUUCCCUUGUCCCCAUGUGGAAGGUCUGCCCCCCUUUAGGGGAGUUCUGAACUGGCCCACCAAGGAGGACAUGUGGCAUCAACUCUGCUGACCAUGCAAGAUCCAUUCUAUUGAGGACACCUGUCAGAUAAGUUCACUUAUUGAGCACCUACUAUGAGCCUAGGUACUGUUCAAGCUGCAAGAAAUACAAGCAGUAAUCACAGAUGAGAAAGUGAAAUAUUUUGUGGUCAGUGUGAAAAAGAGGUUAUAUUAUAAAUAGGUCAGCUGCUGGAUGUUACCACUGAGCAAGGAAGGCACCAGGGAAGCUAGGCUUCCCCUCCCCCCCAGAUCCUUUUUCCGCCUUCAGAAAUAGACAUCGAGAAUGUUCCAUCCUUAAGGAUUUUCAAAACUGAAUCUGAAGAAUUUUACCAAUAACUUCCAAUUAUUUCAAACUGGUAAAAGGACAAAUCUAGCUAUUGACAAUGUAUUUAAAGCAUUGUUUAACAAAGAAAAAAGUUUCUUAAAAGAAAUGAGGUCAAAUUGUUAGAUUGCACAUACUGAAAAUUAGAAUUAUCCCAUUUUAGGGCCCCAACCAUCACUAGUAACCACUAAUAUUUAUAUCAGCGUGAAUGAAAAUGAAUAUUAAUCGAAUAAUUUCCUUUAAACAAAAAAGAAUUCAAUAUUCUGGCUUCAGUUUGUGGCCACUCAAUCUGGUCCUCAUAUCUUCAUCUACCACAUACUGUACCACCCUUACUCCCUGCAGUCAGCUAAAGGUGACCUCUUCCACUGCUGCCCCCGAGCAGGGCUAACCACCAUCGCCUGCGCCCGUUUUUAUAAAUAAAGCUUUACUGUUACCCAGCC